GCCACUCCACACCAGCAAGACCUAGGAACAACAAUGAGCCUCCCCUUCAUACAACAAAUUUCCUAAUAACACUGCUUAUAUCUGAUUCUAACAUAUGGCUGCUUUUCUAAAGACCCACACUUAAUAUGCACUGUGACCGAAAAAGUGGACUUACUUUAUGCUGAUUUGAAUUUUUGAAUACAGAGGGAUUAUAUCUUUAAGAGAAUUCCAAGGGGUGAGCGCUAAGAAGUAAGACUGUAAGGUGGAACUUUUGGAGACAACAGGCAUAAGGACUAAGAAAUAAAUGCUUCCAAGUGGCACCACAAUGGAGGAAGGAACUCAGAAGAAAAAAAAGAAGCCGCUAGUGCCACCUUCUCCACGCCCCCCUCGUUCACUUUUCUGCCUUGGACUGCAAAACCCAUUCAGGAAAAGCUGCAUAAAUAUUGUUGAAUGGAAACCAUUUGAGAUGAUCAUUCUGUUGACCAUAUUUGCUAACUGCAUCGCACUAGCCAUCUACCUGCCCAUGCCAGAGGAUGACACCAACUCAGUUAACACAAUCCUGGAAAAGAUUGAAUAUAUCUUCCUUUUUAUAUUCACCAUUGAAGCAGCUCUAAAGAUAGUAGCAUAUGGGUUUAUUCUACAUUCUGAUGCAUACCUACGCAAUUGCUGGAAUAUCUUGGACUUCACCAUUGUCUCUGUUGGACUUUUCACAAUUGUCCUGGAACAAAUCAAUAAGGUUCAGGGUGUAACAGCACCAGGAGGAACUGGCUUUAAUGUUAAAGCCCUGAGAGCUUUCCGUGUUCUUAGGCCUCUUCGUUUGGUGUCUGGAGUGCCAAGUCUUCAAGUAGUGCUGAAUUCUAUAAUUAAAGCAAUGGUUCCAUUACUCCACAUUGCUUUGCUCGUCCUUUUCAUGAUCAUAAUAUAUGCUAUUGUUGGAAAAGAACUUUUCUCUGGGAAGAUGCACAAAACUUGUUAUUACAAAGCAACAGAUGUAAUUGCCACAGUUGAGAAACCCUCCCCAUGCAGCACAACAGGUCAGGGUCGCCAGUGCGCAAUAAAUGGGAGUGAAUGCAGAGGCUGGUGGCCAGGACCUAACAAUGGCAUUACACACUUUGACAAUUUCGGUUUUGCCAUGCUGACUGUAUAUCAGUGCAUCACCAUGGAGGGAUGGACAGAGGUGCUCUACUGGGUCAAUGAUGCUAUUGGCAAUGAAUGGCCCUGGAUUUACUUUGUAAGUCUUAUCCUACUUGGAUCGUUCUUCGUACUCAAUCUAGUUUUGGGUGUCCUGAGCGGAGAGUUCACCAAGGAGCGUGAAAAAGCAAAAUCACGGGGUGCUUUCCAGAAGUUGAGAGAACAACAGGCAAUGGAUGAGGAUCUGCGGGGUUAUUUGGACUGGAUCACACAUGCUGAAGUCAUGGACCCAGACAUGGAACAAGGAGAUGGAUUUUCACAAUUAGAAGAAGGUUGCUCAGAGACAGAAAGUCUCUAUGAAUUGGAGGGAAUAAACAAGUUUAUAAGCUUCUUGAAACAGUGGCGUCAUUGGCACCGGCUCCUGCGCAGGAAGUGUCGUGAUCUUGUAAAAUCCAGAUUUUUCUAUUGGUUUGUUAUCCUUAUCAUUCUAUUUAACACCAUUACCAUAGCAACAGAGCAUCAUAACCAGCCAGAAUGGCUGACUAAAGCCCAAGAUAUCGCAAAUCAAGUACUUUUGGCAAUGUUCACUUUAGAAAUGGUACUGAAGAUAUAUGCAUUGGGCUUCCAGUCAUAUUUUAUGUCACUAUUUAAUCGGUUUGACUGCUUUGUGGUAUGUACUGGUAUUCUAGAGAUUUUGCUGGUCUCCAGCAACAUUAUGUCUCCUCUUGGAAUAUCAGUCCUCCGUUGUAUUCGAUUACUGAGGAUCUUCAAGAUCACACGGUACUGGACAUCCUUAAAUAAUCUGGUGGCUUCUCUUCUCAACUCUGUUCGUUCUAUUGCUUCUCUCCUCCUUCUGCUUUUCCUCUUCAUGAUCAUCUUUGCUCUGCUUGGAAUGCAGAUGUUUGGUGGCAAGUUUGACUUUGAGGAUACAGAGAUUCGCAGGAGUACAUUUGAUAACUUUCCACAGUCGCUGAUCACUGUCUUCCAGAUAUUGACUGGGGAGGACUGGAACUCUGUCAUGUAUAAUGGAAUAAUGGCCUAUGGUGGUCCUACUUUCCCUGGAAUGUUUGUCUGCAUCUAUUUCAUUAUCUUGUUCGUUUGUGGGAAUUAUAUUUUGCUGAAUGUGUUUCUUGCUAUUGCAGUUGAUAAUUUAGCAGAGGCAGAGAAUCUCACAUCCGCUCAAAAAGCGAAGGCUGAGGAACGCAAGAGGAAAAAGUUAGCUCGUGCUCAUCCUGACAAAUCAGAAGAAGAAAAGUUGUUACUGGCAAAGAAACUAGAAAUGAAAGCAAAAGGUGAAGGUAUACCCACUACAGCCAAGCUAAAGAUAGAUGAAUUUGAGUCUAAUGUUAAUGAAAUAAAGGAUCCAUAUCCAUCUGCAGACUUCCCAGGUGAUGAUGAAGAAGAGGAACCAGAAAUUCCUAUCAGUCCUCGACCACGGCCCUUGGCAGAGCUUCAACUGAAAGAGAAGGCAGUGCCCAUGCCUGAUGCUAGUUCUUUUUUUAUCUUUGGCCCCACUAACAAGUUCCGGGUUCUUUGUCACCGCAUUGUUAAUGCCACGACUUUUACAAAUUUUAUCCUGCUGUUCAUUCUGCUUAGCAGCAUCUCCUUGGCUGCUGAGGAUCCAAUUGAGCCAGAGUCAUUUCGCAAUCAGAUCCUUGCUUAUUUUGAUUAUGUUUUCACUGCCAUUUUUACAACUGAAAUUGCUUUGAAGAUGACUACAUAUGGUGCAUUUCUUCAUAAAGGCUCAUUCUGCAGAAAUUAUUUUAACAUUCUUGAUCUUCUGGUAGUUGCCGUUUCUCUUGUCUCUUUUGGUAUCCAAUCAAGUGCUAUCUCUGUAGUGAAAAUUCUGAGGGUUCUCAGAGUUUUGCGCCCUCUCAGAGCAAUAAACCGUGCCAAGGGUCUAAAGCAUGUGGUUCAGUGUGUUUUUGUAGCUAUAAAAACCAUUGGAAACAUUGUUCUUGUGACCACCCUUCUACAGUUCAUGUUCUCUUGUAUUGGAGUGCAACUAUUUAAGGGCAAGUUUUACAGCUGCACAGACACCACCAAAAUGACAGAGGAAGAAUGCAGGGGGUAUUUUAUUGUGGCAAAGGAUGGGGACUCAACUCAAAUUCAGCUAAGAGAGAGAAUUUGGACUCACAGUGACUUCCACUUUGAUAAUGUCCUCUCUGGCAUGAUGUCUCUCUUUACAAUCUCUACCUUUGAGGGCUGGCCUCAGUUGCUGUAUAGAGCAAUAGAUUCACAUUCGGAGGAUAUGGGGCCUAUCUACAAUUAUCGCAUUGAGAUUGCCGUCUUCUUCAUUAUCUACAUAAUCCUUAUAGCUUUUUUUAUGAUGAACAUCUUUGUGGGGUUUGUUAUUGUCACUUUCCAGGAACAGGGGGAGCAAGAGUACAAAAACUGUGAGCUUGACAAGAACCAGAGGCAAUGUGUACAGUAUGCUUUAAAGGCACGUCCUCUACGACGAUACAUACCAAAGAAUCAACACCAGUAUAAGAUCUGGUACCUUGUUACCUCCUCAUACUUUGAAUAUCUGAUGUUUGCACUUAUCAUGCUGAAUACAAUCAGUCUUGGAAUGCAGCACUAUGGGCAGACAGCAGAGUUCAGUCACCUGUCUGAUAUCCUUAACGUGGCAUUCACUGGAAUCUUCACUGUGGAAAUGGUACUUAAAUUGGCAGCAUUUAAAGCCAAAGGGUACUUUGGAGAUCCAUGGAAUGUUUUUGAUUUUUUGAUUGUUAUUGGGAGUAUAAUUGAUGUCAUCCUCAGUGAGAUAGAUACACCAGAACCAGUAGUAACUCCAGGCUCUGAAGAUACUUCUCGAAUUUCCAUCACAUUUUUUAGGUUGUUUCGUGUAAUGCGCCUUGUGAAGCUUCUAAGCCGUGGAGAGGGAGUCAGAACUCUACUCUGGACUUUUAUUAAAUCCUUUCAGGCACUUCCAUAUGUGGCACUGCUCAUAGUAAUGCUAUUUUUUAUCUACGCUGUCAUUGGAAUGCAGGUUUUUGGUAAAAUUGCCAUGGUUGAUGGAACGCAAAUAAAUCGCAACAACAACUUUCAGACUUUCCCUCAGGCUGUACUAGUGCUCUUUAGGUGUGCAACUGGGGAGGCCUGGCAGGAAAUUCUUCUGGCCUGUUCUUAUGGAAAGCUGUGUGAUCCAAAGUCUGAUUUCCUGCCUGGUGAGGAAUACACAUGUGGGACCAGCUUUGCAUACUUCUAUUUCAUUAGUUUCUACAUGCUUUGUGCUUUCUUGAUCAUCAACCUCUUUGUCGCUGUGAUCAUGGAUAAUUUUGACUACCUGACCCGUGAUUGGUCUAUUCUGGGGCCACACCAUUUGGAUGAGUUUAAAAGGAUCUGGGCAGAGUAUGACCCUGAAGCCAAGGGGCGAAUCAAGCACCUUGAUGUAGUUACACUCCUUCGACGAAUUCAACCUCCUCUUGGUUUUGGAAAGUUCUGUCCUCAUCGUGUAGCUUGUAAGAGAUUGGUCAGUAUGAAUAUGCCUUUAAACAGUGAUGGGACAGUAACCUUCAAUGCUACUUUGUUUUCCCUUGUGAGAACAGCUUUAAAAAUCAAGACUGAAGGUAAUUUUGAACAAAGCAAUGAAGAGUUGAGAAUGAUAAUUAAGAAAAUUUGGAAAAGGACGAGCAUGAAAUUGCUAGACCAGGUUAUACCACCAAUUGGAGAUGAUGAGGUGACAGUGGGAAAGUUUUAUGCAAUUUUCCUCAUCCAAGAACAUUUUAGGAAGUUUAAAAAACGUCAAGAAGAGUAUUAUGGUUACCGGCCAAAGAAAAAUAAUGUGGAAAUCCAGGCUGGGUUGCGUACUGUGGAAGAGGAGGUGGAGCCAGAAAUGCAACGAGCCAUCUCUGGUGACUUAACAGCUGAAGAGGAGCUGGAGAGAGCCAUGGUAGAAGCGGCAAUUGAGGAAGGCAUAUAUCGGAGGACAGGAGGACUUUUUGGCCAAGAAGAAAAUUUCCCAGAACCUGUAAGCCCUGUUCACACUACUAUCACAAGUCAGCGGCCAUUGCGUUUUUCUGAAGCUGGAAGUGAGGAUCUAGAGUCCCCCGUUUUUCUUCCAGACCCUGUGUUUUUUCCACCCCCACGGCGAAACCGCAAUACCAACAACAGUACAUUAUCAAGGGGACUGGGAGAGAGGCUCACUACUCCAGAAGAAGACCUGAAGCAAAACAUUUCAGAACAAUGGGAUGCCUCUACUAAUGCAAGCCAAGAGGACCUAAGUGAUCACUUCUCCUUGUGAGUGAGAAAGAAGAUGCUUGAAUAUGCUAAAACACAAGAUCAAAUGAUUAUUUGGAUGUCAGGCCAACUAUUGAUUCUCAGGUAUUAGCAACUCAGGAGAUUAUCAUGAGCACAGAUGAGAAUAGUGGAAGAAUCAUAUAUAAAACUAAAUGAAUUAGCCAUAAUUGAUAUGGAUGGCUAUUUAACCUUGUGAUCACCUGCUUUAUUCUGCUCAAGAUCCAAUAUUGAACAUUUUGCACCCAUAAAACAUAUGGAUCAUUGUUGUUAGAAGGUAAAAGCAGAAUUUGCCCAUAAAAUGAAUCUCUCAAUAAAGUAUUUUCUGUUAAGAUA